AUGGAUGAAUAUCCAACCGGCACAAAUGCAAUCAUUGCUGUAUUGUCAUAUACUGGGUAUGAUAUGGAGGAUGCCAUGAUUCUAAACAAGUCAUCUGUGGAGCGUAGAAUGUUUCACGGACAAAUAUAUCAGACAGAAACAGUUGACUUGUCUGAUCAAAAGAGCAGGUCAGAUGGUUCUGGGAAAUAUUUCAGGGAAAGUAACAUUGAGAGGCAUCGUUCAAUUGGUUCAGAUGGGCUUCCUUGUGUUGGUCAGACAAUAAAACCAGAUGAAGAAUAUUAUAGCAUCUAUAAUGAGGUAAACAAUGAGCGACAUGCCGUCAAACGAAAAGGUUCAGAGGCUGUCAUCGUUGACUAUGUUGCUAUAGAUGGGAAGAAGCAUCUUCAGAAUCAUCCGCAGAAGUUUAGCAGCCGACAUGGACAAAAAGGUGAUUUCUCCCAGUUGUGGCCUGAUAUUGAUAUGCCAUUUUCUGAUGUUACGGGAAUGCGUCCAGAUCUUAUCAUCAAUCCACAUGCAUUUCCUUCAAGGAUGGCAAUAGGAAUGCUCUUGGAAUCGAUUGCUGCACAGUCUAUUGACAACAAGAAAUGCAUUGCUGGUGCUCCCCCUGUAGACAAAGUACAGAUGUUUAUGUUCUGUGGUGGCCUGAACUGUUGUAUUGCAGCAGUAAUAAAGUGA